ACACAAAGCAAUGCCGGUCAGUCAGUCAAACAGCAUUCAUACUUUACUUCGUUGGUAUUCGAAAAUAUUUUGUUUAUCUUUUUUGAAUUGUCUAAGUGCACAGAUAGAACUUGAACCGAUUACAAAGAAAUACGUAAAAUUGUCCAAAAAUUGCCUAGACGCCAGUGUUCGCCGAAAUGUCAAAAUACAAUAACAUAAUAACAAAUGUCAAAAUAAAACAAAAAAAUAAAACGAAAAUGAAAAUAUCAAUGGCUCUAAAAAAAUAUAUCUCCAUAAAUUACCAUCAAAUGCUAAAAGAUAAUCCAAAUUUAUUUCACAAAUAUUUGCAAUUGCACAACAACGAUAAGGCCCUAGUUGAUUCGAUAAAUAAUUAUCAAGAAAACGUAUUACACAUAGCAUGCAAAUCGGACAUGACAUCGACGCUGAUAAAACCUCUAAUACAAUGCGGCUGUAGUCCAACGAAACAGGAUCUUCAGGGUCGUACACCGCUACAUGUGGCUCUUGAGUUUCGCCAAUAUUCUUGUAUCAAAGAAUUUCUAUUGCUAUUCCACACUGAUAUGUUGUAUCCAAAACAUAUUGUGGAUAGGCUAAAGCAUAUGUUUCAGAUAUAUAAUCGUGCCGGACAUACUAUCGUACACGAAGCCGUUAUACGUAAUGAACCCGAUAUUCUGAGAGAAUUGCUGCGAAUAUGCCAACAACAUGACAUUAAUGUUUUGGAUAAUGAAGUGUUGGGUAGUGGCGAUACAUUGCUACACUUGGCCAUCAAUCGAAAGGUGGAUACAGAAAUCAUAGAUAUAAUAAUUGAUUAUUUACCGGAAAUCGUACAUAUAUCCAAUUACUCGGGUAUGUUGGCCAUGGAUGGUACUGAUGCAGAAUCCAAAGUUACCUAAUGAAAAUUUUGUCAGUUCUUUUUUGCUCUGUUCCGGAACAGAGAAAAUGUGAUUUAUAUGUGAUAUGUUUGCCCUAUUGGCCAAAUAAAAAUAUGUAUAUGAGAAUGUA